CCCUCCUGUACCACCUUGCCACCGGAGGUUACCCUCCUGUGCCACCCUGCCACCGGAGGUUACCCUCCUGUACCACCCUGCCACCGGAGGGUACCCUCCUGUACCACCUUGCCACCGGAGGUUACCCUCCUGUACCACCUUGCCACCGGAGGUUACCCUCCUGUACCAACCUGCCACCGGAGGCUACCCUCCUGUGCCACCCUGCCACCGGAGGUUACCCUCCUGUGCCACCCUGCCACCGGAGGGUACCCUCCUGUACCACCUUGCCACCGGGGGAUACCCUCCUGUACCAGCCUGCCUACCCUCCUGUACCAACCUGCCACCGGAGGAUACCCUCCUGUACCAACCUGCCACCGGAGGCUACCCUCCUGUGCCACCCUGCCACCGGAAGGUACCCUCCUGUACCACCCUGCCACCGGGGGAUACCCUCCGUACCAGUGCUACCACCAACCUGCCACCGGAGGAUACCCUCCUGUACCAACCUGCCACCGGAGGCUACCCUCCUGUACCACCCUGCCACCGGAAGGUACCCUCCUGUACCAGCCUGCCACCGGAGGAUACCCUCCUGUGCCACCCUGCCACCGGAGGGUACCCUCCUGUACCACCCUGCCACCGGAGGGUACCCUCCUGUACCGCCCUGCCACCGGAGGAUACCCUCCUGUAUCCUGCACGGUGGAACGUAGUGCCAAUCUCCGGCAGGUAGGCCGAGAUGUAAGCUACCUGGGCGGGGUGCUAUGGUGA